AUGGCGUUCUUAAUGCCCUGGCGGCGCGAACACGGCGCAAUUGCCGAGGAGCAGGUGGAGCCUGUUGAACGAGACGGAGGUGGCUCGUGCCCGCUCCUUGGCGGGGACGACAUACCGCUUUCGCCGGAUGUCCCAUCGCAUCAAAUUCGGGACGUGCGGUGCAUUGACAACGGUGCGCUCGGCAGUGCCAAGAAGCGGAGUCUGACACAGCGGAUCCGGAGCCGCAAGAAUCGCUUCGUUCAGCAUGUGCUUGUAACGUGUCGCCUGGUAGAUCCAUCGAGAGAUUUGACCUUCAAGCAGGAGCUCUCGAGCAGCAACGUCGCGAUCGAGAAGCUCACAACGAUUCGCAAUAGCGUCUGUGCGUACUCGGCGAGCCUCGUCGGCUUGUCGACUGCUAUUUGCUGCUUCACCGGCAACUCCGCACGUCUUCGAGAUGGCUCGCAAGAUGCACUCGCGAACGUUGCUGUGGAAGGGAGCAAGAUCCUGGAAUGCUCGCUUGUCUUCAACGAUCAAGUCGAGAAGUCCGUUCUGGCGAAGAUUGACCAUCGAAUCGCCGAGCUGGAACGCGUCCACUUUCUCAUGACGGAGCGAGCAAAGCUCGUGGUCGACGUCGAAUACGCUGAGCGGGUGUUGACUCUGGAGCAACAGCGAGGAACUGUCAACCGCAUCGCAGAGCGCAAACAUGCGCUCCAAGCGGCUCAACUUGAGUGCGAUAGGAUGACCCAAUUCAUCGUCGAGCAGCUCAAGUUCGUGCACCCCAAUCGAGACACUGACGUGUUCGAGCUCUUCCAAGAGUACGCACAGCUGGUCGCGCAGUUUUUCCGCCGUGGCGUCGACUUGGUCAAUGGCGCAGCUCCCUCCAAGUGA